AUGCCGUGCAGUGUUGAUGAGCCUAUCAGUAGGUUACUCGUUUUAGGUUCCUGGGUUGUGGGAUGCACCAGCAAGAAAAUUGAAGUUUGGAAAAACACAACAUAUGAACAUUACACAACUCUGAAUCAUCAAACGAGUGGGAAUGUCUCAGGUGGUCACUUUUACAGUGGUCAAAUGUGCAGUAUGCCCACCUAUCUCAACAAAAUUUUCGUCGGAAGAAUCGACGGCUUUGUGGACAUCUGGAACGUGAGAACGGGAAAGCUACUUUAUACCAUUCCUCUAGCAUCCCCCAAUAUCGGGGCUGUGACUGCUAUUGAGGCAAGUCCUGUUCUAUCCUUGAUUGCUGUUGCGCACGCCAAUGGCUCCCUGUUCAUUCGCAACGUUGAUACUGGGCAAAUUAUCUCGUCUCUGCAUACGGAAACUUCACACGUUACCUCGAUGACUUUCCGAAGUGACAAUUCUGGCGCUGGUGCGGAUGGCCAGAAGGCUGGGGUUCUAGCAACAUCUUGCCCUGAUAGUGGAGAUAUCACUAUGUGGGACUUGGUGGGCUCUGGUCGUGUCAUGGGCGUGCUUCGAAAUGCUCACAAGAUAAAUGGAGAUGAAUCUGGGUCUGGCAUAAAUCGCGUGGAUUUUUUGGACGGACAGGCUUUAUUGGUUUCAUCAGGAAAAGAUAAUGCCCUCAAAACAUGGAUUUUCGAUGAGAUACCAUUUUCGCCACUCCCAAGACAGCUUCAUUCUAGAAGCGGUCAUUCUGCUCCCAUCACUGCCCUGGAUUUCAUACCCUCAGCUUCGGACGGUUCUGAGGCCAGUGGCAAGUGGCUCUUGAGUGCUAGUAAAGAUUGCAGUUUGUGGGGAUUGAGUGUACGAAAGGAUAGUCAAAGCACUGAGAUCUCGCAGGGGGCAGUGGAACGCAAAGCAAAGAAAGUGCAAGGACUAGGCUCUAUGGGCUCCGGCAUGAAGGAUAGCACGCCGGACCUCAGAGCUCCAGAAAUCACGUGCAUCGCGUGCUCGCUGAACCGGGAUGGGGGCAUGAGUGCACUUGCGUCUGGACCAAUUUGGGCUAAUCCUAGAGUCACAGAUGCAGAUGCUUCUAACAAGACUGGAUGGGAGAGUGUCAUCACUGGUCAUCGCGGUGACAAGGUCGCCCGGACUUGGUUCUGGGGGCGAAAGAGGGCCGGGCGCUGGACAUUCGAGACGUCGGAUGGGUCUCCAGUUAAGAGUGUUGCGAUCACCCUCUGUGGAACUUUUGCCCUGAUUGGGUCAAAUUUGGGUAGCAUUGAUAUAUUCAAUUUACAAUCUGGUCAACACCGACUUCGCUUUCCGGGGCGCAAUUUGAGACACAAUCAGUCUGGCCCAUUGAAAUCAUCCGUUCAGACACUCAAGGACGAUAAUGGACACACCAGGGCGGUCACAGGGCUGAUGGUUGAUGGUUUAAAUCAAACAGUCGUCAGCUCUGGUCUGGACGGAAAGGUCAAGUUCUGGGAUUUCCAUUCGGGGAGACUUAUCGACGAGCUCGACUGGUAUCCGUUGACAGCAAUUACUGGUCUUCGCUAUAAUAGCAGUAGCGACUUAGUCGCGUUCAGCUGUGACGAUCUUUCAAUUCGAGUCGUCGAUAUUGAAACAAGGAAACUUAUACGUGAAUUUUGGGGUUGCGCCGGUCAGAUCAACGACUUCACAUUCUCCAAUGAUAGCCGGUGGAUCGUGGCGGCCUCCAUGGAUUCCCGAGUUCGUGUCUGGGAUCUUUCGACAGGGCAUCUCAUCGAUAUCUUCCAAGUGCCCAGUACAUGUACCUCGCUGACAAUGUCUUCCACUGGGGAAUUCUUAGCUACCGCCCAUGCCGAUAGUGUCGGUGUUCGUCUUUGGACCAACCGAGGUCUAUACCUCCCAGUCUCUACGAAAAACCUUGAAGAAUCCAGUUUCGCAGAUUCCCACGCCCUCGGGAAAUUAUCUAUCGGAGAAGGCGCAGGAGUUCUUGAGGCUGCUUUCUCUGACGAACAUGGCCACGAUGAGGCUGACGGCCCGGUAUUAUCUAACCAACAGCUAGAUCAACACAUGGUAACGCUCAGUACUGUUCCCAAGAACAACUGGCAAACACUACUCUAUCUCGAUUUAAUAAAGGAGCGUAACAAGCCUCAGGAUCCUCCAAAAGUACCGGAAAAGGCACCAUUCUUCCUGCCUUCUCCUCCUGAGAACCAGCACAUUCAAAAUGCCGACAAUAACAUGAAAUCUUUGACCCCAAGAACUUCGUCUGAACGUUCAAGAAUCGUCAAACUCCAAAAUUUCGCAAGCACGGAGUUGCGAAUAUCGGGAG